UUUCAGGUCCGCAGCGGUGAAUUGAAAGUGCAUCACAUCUGUCGGUGUCUGGCACGACGCUGCGGGACUAAUUCAUGUGAAGUUUGAACUCUGUCUUUACAGUUUUAAUUACGAGCAUAACUAGACUCCCUCUCCACAAAGAUUUGGCACUGUUAUCAUGGCUUGGCAGGUCAUCUUUCCAAAUACCUACAUUUUUUUCUAUAUAAAUAUUUCUGUAUUAAUAUUUAAAUAUUCUCCACCCAGAAAUGUCACUAAUUGGUGUUACAUUAUCUGAAAUUGACGUGUAUGAACUGUGGCUUCAAAUCAGGGGCACUGCAGUGACUGUGACCCGCUUUUAAGAUGCAGUGAGGAAGAGGAGAAGAAGGGGGCACCUUAUGAUCAGUGCAGAGACACACACAAGGGUAGAGAGAGAGAGAGAGAGAGAAAGAAAGAGAGAGUGAGUCAAUCCCACUGUGUUUUCGCAGCACAAGAGCUGGAGUCCGGUCUGGCUGCUUCAGAGGAGACACAGACCCGCUAUGUCCCGAACUGCCUGCUGCAGGCUGACAACACUGAAGGAGAAGCAGCUGAGUUAAUUGCCAUUUUAUCCAAAAGAGGAUUCGAUGGACCUCCAUUAUGGCCAAGUGGACAUGAUUCUACAUUCAGCUCCUGUGGCACAAUGUCGAAUAUGAUUUACCUGACUGCCAUUCUGUACUUGCCUGUUUUACUGUUUGAGGCAUUCGUGUUGUCCAAGGGCAAGUAUGAGAGGUCAGUGGUGCCGAGUUCUGCCUCUCGUCUGGUGGCGAGGAUGGAUGGGGAUAUUAUAAUCGGCGCCCUCUUCUCUGUUCACCACCAACCAUCGGCUGAGAAGGUGGCAGAGAGGAAAUGUGGGGAGGUCCGCGAGCAGUACGGCAUCCAAAGGGUGGAGGCCAUGUUCCAUGCCUUGGAUCGGAUUAACUCGGAUCCAAACCUGUUACCCAACAUCACCCUAGGCUGUGAGAUCAGGGACUCCUGCUGGCAUUCGUCUGUGGCUCUGGAGCAGAGCAUCGAGUUCAUACGAGACUCGCUCAUCUCCAUUCGGGACGACAAGGAUGGCUCCAGGUGGUGCAUCGAGGGAGUGCCUUCCAGUCAGCCGCCACCAACCAAGAAGCCCAUCGCAGGGGUCAUUGGGCCUGGCUCCAGCUCUGUUGCAAUUCAAGUCCAAAACCUUCUUCAGCUGUUCAACAUCCCACAGAUCGCCUAUUCUGCAACCAGUAUUGACCUCAGUGACAAGACUUUAUUUAAGUACUUCCUCAGGGUGGUCCCCUCAGACACGCUUCAAGCCAGGGCGCUCUUGGACAUUGUCAAACGAUAUAACUGGACCUAUGUCUCUGCAGUGCACACAGAGGGUAACUACGGAGAAAGUGGGAUGGAAGUGUUCAAAGAGCUUGCCUCACAGGAAGGUAUCUGCAUCGCCCAUUCUGACAAGAUCUACAGCAAUGCCGGGGAGAAGCACUUCGACAGGCUGCUGAGGAAGCUACGGGAGCGUCUGCCUAAAGCCCGAGUUGUUGUCUGCUUCUGUGAAGGCAUGACAGUCCGAGGGCUGCUCAUGGCCAUGAGACGGCUCGGAGUAGCCGGAGAGUUUCUUCUAAUUGGCAGUGACGGCUGGGCAGACCGAGUUGAGGUGGUGGAGGGAUACGAGCAGGAGGCUGUGGGCGGCAUCACUGUGAAGCUGCAGUCUGAAGAGGUCUCCUCCUUCGACGACUACUUCCUGAAGCUCAGGCUCAGCACCAACACCCGCAACCCGUGGUUCCCCGAGUUCUGGCAGUACCGGUUUCAGUGCCGCCUUCCCGGACACCCGCAAGAGAACAUGAAUUAUGCACGGAACUGCUCAGGUUAUGAGAAUCUGGAGGACAACUAUGUUCAAGACAGCAAGAUGGGCUUCGUCAUCAACGCCAUCUAUGCCAUGGCGCACGGGCUGCAUGACAUGCACACUCACCUCUGCCCUGGCCAUGUGGGGCUCUGUGAGUCCAUGAAGCCAGUUGAUGGCAGCCACUUACUGGACUUUCUCCUCAAGACGUCUUUCACCGGUGUUUCCGGAGAGGACAUAUGGUUUGACGAGAACGGGGACUCACCUGGGAGGUACGAGAUUAUGAACUUCCAGCGUGUGGAUCCUGGUGUUUAUGACUACAUUAACACUGGCUCCUGGCAUGAGGGCAUACUCAGCCUUGAUGAUGACAUGAUCCAGAUGAACCGCAGUGACAUGGUCCGCUCUGUCUGCAGUGAACCCUGCUCUAAAGGAGAGAUCAAGGUGAUCAGGAAGGGAGAGGUGAGCUGUUGCUGGAUCUGCACAGCCUGCAAAGACAACGAGUAUGUCCAGGAUGAGUUCACAUGCAAGGCCUGUGAACUGGGCUGGUGGCCUGACAAAGAACUGGAAGGCUGUGAGCCAAUCCCCCUGCGCUACCUGGAGUGGGGCCAUCCAGAGUCCAUUAUCCAGGUGGUCUUCUCCUGCCUGGGCAUCCUGGUCACGUCAUUUGUUGCCUUUGUCUUUGUCUUGUACCGUGACACGCCUGUGGUCAAAUCCUCCAGCCGGGAGCUCUGCUACAUCAUCCUAGCAGGCAUCUUCCUGGGCUAUCUGUGUCCUUUCACCCUCAUCGCCCGCCCCACUGUGGCCUCCUGCUACCUCCAGCGGCUUCUUGUCGGACUCUCAGCCGCCAUGUGCUACUCUGCCCUGGUGACCAAAACCAACCGCAUUGCCCGCAUCCUGGCAGGCAGCAAGAAGAAGAUUUGCACCAGAAAGCCGAGGUUCAUGAGCGCUUGGGCUCAGGUGGUUAUCGCCUCCAUCCUGAUCAGUGUCCAGCUCACCUUGGAGAUUACCCUCAUCAUCAUGGAGCCGCCUGAACCCAUUAAAUCCUACCCCAGCAUCAGAGAAGUCUUCCUGAUCUGCAACACCAGCAACCUCGGUGUUGUUGCCCCUCUGGGCUACAACGGCUUGCUCAUCAUGAGCUGCACCUACUACGCCUUCAAGACCCGCAACGUUCCUGCAAAUUUCAACGAAGCCAAAUACAUUGCCUUCACCAUGUACACCACGUGUAUAAUCUGGCUGGCGUUCGUGCCAAUCUACUUUGGCAGCAACUACAAGAUCAUCACGACAUCCUUCUCUGUGAGCCUCAGUGUGACUGUUGCUUUGGGCUGUAUGUUCACACCAAAGAUGUACAUCAUCAUCGCCAAACCAGAGCGAAACGUGCGCAGCGCGUUCACCACCUCUGACGCUGUGCGAAUGCACGUCGGCGACGGCAAAAUUGCCUGCCGAAGCAACAGCCUGCUCAACAUGUUUAAGAGGAAGAAGAACCCUGGAAACGGCAGUUCUAAUGGAAAGUCUGUGUCAUGGUCUGAACCAGGUGCAAGACAUCCUCCAAAAGGGGAUCACAUGUGGCACAGACUGUCAGUGCAUGUGAAGAGACAGGAAGCAGGUUCCAAUCAGAUGGCUGUCAUCAAACCCUUAACUAAUACCUACCAAAACACAGCACUGGAAUUCUCAGACCUCAGCACUAAGACUUUGUACAAUGUGGCUGAGGAGGACGAGAGUGACCCUGUCAGAUACAACCCCCCUGUCACUCCCCCCAUGAUGGCCCACGGGCAAAUGCCUGCUUGUGGGCUGAUAAAGGAUGUGGGCGAGGAGGAGGAGGUGGAGCUCUAUACCCCUGAGCUCAUGCAGAAAAAUAGUAUUAUCCCCCAACAUAUCAUCAUGGACCACCUACAGGAGGAGGUGGUGGUGAGCAAAUUCAAUAGUGACAUCCCCGAGCUCAAUGAUAUGAUUAGCAUGCCCGAGGCCGUGAGCGGCGGCAUGCCCGUGUACCACCAGGCCCACCUCAUCCAGCAGGACCCGGUCCUGCCCAUGCACCUCGACCCUUUCGACGAGGAGCCCGCCUCCCCGUUGGAGGAGGACGAGAUGGAGAAUGAGCAGUUUGGCCUUCUCCACGGCUAUAUGUACAACAACGCGCAGAUUCAUGACGAGGAGGACCUGGUUGAGGUCAAAUUAGCAAUGGAGGACUCUCUGGCUCUGAUGCCGCCCUCCCCCUUCCGAGAUUGUGCUUGUCCUCCAGUGAGCCCCUUUCCCAACUCGCCGGUGUCCGAGUCGAUUUUGUGCACCCCUCCAAAUGUGACAUAUGCCUCUGUCAUCCUCAAAGACUACAAACAAAGCUCCUCAACUCUGUGAGGGCACACGCUAAAUAUUGCCAGUUGUACUAUAUUUUCAAGUUUAUGAUGAUUUGUGCUGUUUAUGAUGAUAUAUAAGGAAAAAGUCAUUCUGUGGUCUGACAAGUCAUUUUUCACUUAAUAGCUUUUACAUGAUAAGGGUGAACAACAAGACGCCACAUUUUAAAAUUCUUUUAGAUGUUAGAUGAAAGAAUUUGCGUAAUACAACAUACAUUUCUAUGCUAACAUAAGCUUUUAGGACAAAAUAGACUUUCUUCUUAUGAGAGCUAAGAUUGUCUAUGUAUGUACUUUUAUGAAUUAACGUCAUUUAAAUAGAUCCAUUUGAUAAAUAUAGGUGAUGUAACAAGCAGGUAAGUCUGUUUGACUUUAAACAGGGCAACUUAACGGUGAAUAUAGUUUGUAUGUAAUGCAAAACAAUUCAAUUUGACAAUAUAUUAAGAAAAUGUGUUUUGUGUUACACAUCGUGUGUUUUGUGCUUUAUGAUGAAAAGAAAGAGUUGGAGAGGUUGAAAGGAAUAGUUUGACAUUUUGAGAAAUAUACAUAUUCAAUGAUUGAUAUCACACUCAUAUCUGUCCAGUAAAUAUAAAGUUAGCAGCCCUUAGCUUAGCGUAAAGACUGGAAACAAGGGGAAAUAGCCUGGUUCUGUCCAAUGUACCAGAAUCCACGUAGUGUAAUAGCACUACCAGCCACUAUUUGGAGUUUUAUGGGGGGUUACAGGAGCUAUUUUUUGGCUGGGUGCAGUGACCUCUUCACUGAAAACCGCACUGCACCCGGACAAAAAAUAGUCCAGCACUUUGCCUCUAUUAAAACCACAAAUCAUUGUUUGUACACUGGAGUUGUUGUAUGAAACAACCAAUAUAUAACAGGUUAAUUAGUGAGCUUUACAGGUAAAGGCAGACACAUAUUAUUAUCUUUGGGCAGAGCCAGGCUAACUGUUCCCAUUCAUUUCCAGUCUUUAUGCUAAGCUAAGCUAACGAGCUGCUGACUCUAGCUUCAUAUUCAGUGUACAGACAUAAGAGUGGUAUCUGUCUUCUCAUCUAAAUCUUCUAAAACAGCAAUUUAACAUUUCUCCCCCAAAUAUUAAACUACUUCUUUGAGCUAGGAGUGCAGAAUCAAAAUAUUCUCCUUUGAGGGAAAUAAAAGGUUGACAUUUUAACAUGAUGUCAACGCUUAUCUGUGAAUUUUUGAUCGAUACAGUACUGCCAGACAAGUGCACCGACUGUAUCACGAAUGUAGCAGAGGACGUUCAAGUGCCACAUUUUCAUUAAGAGUUUUCUUUUUCUUUUUGUACAUUUAUCUCAUUUCUAUGGUCUUGAAACACAAGUUAAACUAGUUUCAAAUUUGUAUCUUUUCUAGACAUCUGAUUUCAUAAUUGUAUAAGAUAAAUGACAUACAUAUGUUUUGUGAAUGUAUGAAUUGUGUAUCAUAUUUUGGUAUUCAGAUGAUAUAUAUAUAUUACAUGGAUUACAGUAUUAGAAAAAAACUCAUUAGCUGUGUAUGCUUAUAUUGCGUGUACACCAAUCAAUUUCCUAAAUAUUAAGACUUUAACAGCCUAUCAAAACUGUAUAAUGUGAUAAAGUGCUACUGUUAGUAAUAUUCUGAAUAAGCUAUUUGCAGCCAGUAUAAAUUAAGUCUGCCAUUUUAAAGAAACAUUUACUGUAGAGCAUUUGAAGGACACUUGUUUGAUUGGAGCAAAUUAAAUAUUUUUUAUGC